CGAUGUAUUUACACAGAGCGGCCACAAAGAGUCGCUGUUUACCUUCACGGCGUCAGAGCCGUAGAACUAAAAAGUCAGGACACUCUCUGAACUCACCGCACUGCUCUGUCAUUGGUUAAAACAACAUCACAUGAUGUACGGACGCCAUGUUGUCAGCCAGAGUCUCCGUUUCCACGUUUAUUGUUUGGCGUUUUUAAGUCGAUUAUUUUGGUGCAAAAAUGGUUUGCUGUGUGGCUGUAGGCUGUUCAACUCGUUUCAAACAAGGCGUGCGCAUGCAUCGUUUCCCGAGAAAUCCAGAAAGACGACGCUUGUGGGAGAUCCAAGUGAAACGAGUGGGCUGGAAGCCUCACAACAAUUCUUUACUUUGCGAUAAGCAUUUUGAUGACACUCAAAGAGAAUUGAACCAUCCUGAGAAACCUUUGAAAUGGAAUGCUGUGCCCAACAUUUUUGCUCACACCAAGAAAGUUGCGGCAAGACGACCCAGAAAACGAAGAACAGAGCCUGAUCCUCCCAAAUUUUGGAAUAAGCUGGAUCAUCCGUAUGCGCAAAAAUAUCAAGUUGACAGUGGCACAGCUGACGUUUCAGUUUCAGGUUACAGGAAACAUGGAAAAUUAAAAACAAAAACACCGUCUGGCUUGAGUUACCAAAUACCACAUCGUUCAGAUAUCAACAUGGCUGAUAUCAUUAAAGAAGAUGUGGUCAAUCCUGUACCUGCCGUCCCCGCUAUACCUGCUGUACACGCUGCACCCACUGUAACCAUCGUUCCUGUAAAUCCCGAUGACCAAAUUCACAAACUUCAAGCUCAAAACCUCAUCUUACGACGGAAGCUUCGGUAUGAACAACGUUUAAGAAGAUCAAUAGCAAAUGAGCGGUCGGUAAUGCAGGAGAAAAUGAGGAUGGUGUUUAACAACAACCAGAUCGAGAAUAUGACUAAGAAGUCAUCGUGUUCCUUCAAGUGGUCAAUGGAUUCGUACAGAAAAGCCCUGAAGCUCAGAAAUGCUUGUGGAAAAACAGGUUAUGAUGAACUUUUGCGUCAGGGUUACCCUCUGCCCUCUCUUCGUUCUCUGCGGCGGAAGGAAGUCGUGUCCAUGGAUUCUGAAACCCAAGAGGCGACGCUGAAGACGUCUUCAACCGAUGGGAAGCAAAGAGAUUGCCCCCUCGCUUCGGAUGAGACUGCCAUCGAAGCGGACUGUCAAAAUGAUGAGACGAGUCGCGGCUUUUGUGAAGAUGUUACUCCACCGGGUUAUAGUGCGACACCAACGCACGCCGUUUUCCUCCUCGUCUCUUAAGGUUUUUUUUUUUUUUUAAAGAAACCACCGUGCCUGAGGUAGAUCAACCUAUCAGAAACAGAAGCCGUGACCGACGAGUUGUUUUUCGUUGGGCGGGUUCUUAAAACUCAAAUUGGAGGUACACUAUUGGGCUAGAGAGGGUCACCCCCAGCCCCCCCAGAUUUUUACUAAUGUAUUGUCGUCAGGUCAUUCUGGCAGUAUUAACAAAAUGUCAGAAAGUGAAACUUCCCCUUUUAGGAAUAUGAAUUGAUUUUUGCAUUUUAAUGAAUACAUUUUUCCAUGUAUUAAAUACAUUAUUUUUAAAAGUAUGAUAAUGAUGGAAUGAAUGUUUAACACAUCUGCCUCACCAUUCUGAGGACCGGGGUUCAAAUCCCAGCCCCGCCUUUGUGGAAUUUGCAUGUUCUCCCCGUGCCUGCGUGGGUUUUCGGCGGAUACUCCGGUUGCCUCCCGGAUCCCCAAAAUAAGCGUGGUAGGUUGAUUGAAGACUCUAAAUUGCCCCUAGGUGUGAAUGUGAGUGCGAAUGGUUGUUUGUUUAUAUGUGCCCUGGGAUUGGCUGGCAACCGGUUCAGAGUGUACCCCGCCUCUCGCCCAAAGAUAGCUGGGCGCACGCAGCAUAUCCCUUACAUAUGGUUGUCAUUCAAAUGUAUUCUGUGUUGAAUUAAGAUUUUGUUGUGAGUUUAAAACUGCAUGAUUCAAAAAAUAAAACAUUGCAUUUUUGUGCUCAGGCAAUAUCUUAGGGCAGUGGUUCUCAAAGUGUGGUGCAAGUCCCACUAGUGGUACGUGGGCUUAUUCUAUUAGUACGUGAAAGAACUGCAUCCUAUAAUUGAGUGGUUUGAACUUGUUUUUUUGUUGUUGUUUUUUUAACACAAUUUUUGCAUGCUAGGUUAAUUGAAGACUCUAAAUUGCUUGUAGGUGUGAAUGGUUGU